AUGAGUUUUCGUGACGUCAUUCGAGAAUCCAAACAACAAUCUCAGCAACAACAUCAGCAACAACAAAAUUAUCACUCUUCAAAUGUACAUUCCACACCAAUCACAGCUUCCAAUCUUCCAAAGAUGAACAACAAUCAUGAUUCAACAAGACACAAAAAACAAUCCAAACAAUUCUCAUCGGUUAAACAACAACCUUCUAAAGACUUUACUGUAAUUCAAGUCUAUCAAAAUUCAGAUGAUGAUGAUGAUGGCAUGUAUCCUUUAGGUAAUUCCAGUCAAAACCACUUUCAAAAUUCAUUUGACAAUACAUGUCUAGAAAUUGAAAAACUGUUAAGCGAAAUUAACAAUGCAACUUCAUCCAUUCAAAAAUCAACUGAAAAUAUUCUCGGAACACUCAAAGACACUCAUGAAUUUAGAGAAUCUCUUUCUUUAAUUAUUAAAAAAUCAUCGCAUCAAGUAGAAACACUCUCUCAUCAUAUAUUAACAUUGGAUCAAUUUAAAAAAGAAAAACAAUUACAACAUUUACAAAAAGUGAAAAUUGACAAGUUAAACUCACAAACGGAACAAAUAUUAAAUAAUUAUAAAAAACAAACGACCUUGUGUUUGAAAAAACAAAAAGAAACAUUGGCACAAUUUAAAAAGAAUCAAUAUAUUUUACAACAACAACAACAUCAUCACUACACGAACACUCGACAAUCAUCAUCCUCAGAAGAGUCAGAUCGAACUGAACGUGAUUCUCUCUUAAUGAAAUCUUCUCUUGAAGAUGAACGAUUAAAUAAUGAAAUUGAAUUCAAUUCCAAGAUUUUACAUGAAAGAGAAAAGGAUAUAUUAGAAGUUGAAUCAUCCAUUAGAGAGAUUAAUAGUAUUUUCAAAGAAUUACAUUAUUUAACUAUCAAACAAGGUGAAGAUUUAGACUUGAUUGGUGAUCGAGUUGAAGAAACUGCUCAAUAUGUGAACAAAGGAAAAGAGAAUUUAGUGGUUGCAGAAAAGAGAUCGAAAGUGGGACGAAAUUUAUUGUGUAUUUUAUUAUUGGUGAUUUUGGCAAUUGCUGCCACGGUGGCCAUUGUAUUGGUCAUUCUCAAAGUGGUUGGAAUUUUCUAA